GUCUGUACGUCACGACGUAGGCGUCGGGCGGAAGUUAACACGUGAGGUCGCGGAAGGCACGAGCGCGUCAAUCGGAAGAAAGCCAGAAAACCAUAACAUUUGCUCGACUUUGGCUCUCGGGUGCGUUUUUCUAUUGUCUUGUCUUGUCCAGUCCGUCCUCUUCAGCCAGCCCUCUGCGCAACACUUGGCGUGGCCGUGUGCGUCCACCGCUUCACGCUCGCUAGCUAGCUAACUAGCUAGCAACGCUCAACUUUUGCCUUCUUUUGGCUCGUUGCUAUUUUUUUUCUCCGUUUUUUACGCUUGAAGCUUCUCGCGAUGGCGGUCCGGGCGUGCUUCGAGAAGAACAACGAGAUCGGCUGCUUCGCCAAACUCACCAACACCUACUGUUUGGUCGCCAUCGGCGGAGCGGAAAACUUUUACAGCGUCUUCGAAGGCGAGUUGUCAGAAAGCAUCCCGGUGGUCCACGCCUCCAUCGCCGGCUGUCGCAUCAUUGGGCGCAUGUGUGUGGGGAAUCGCCACGGGCUUCUGGUCCCUAACAACACCACGGACCAGGAGCUGCAGCACAUCCGCAACUGCCUCCCGUCUUCGGUCGGCAUCCAGCGAGUGGAAGAGCGUCUGUCGGCCCUGGGCAACGUCAUCGCCUGCAACGACUAUGUAGCGCUGGUCCACCCAGACUUAGACAGGGAGACAGAGGAGGUUCUGAGCGACACGCUGAAGGUGGAGGUGUUCCGCCACACUGUGGCCGAUCACGUGCUGGUGGGCUCGUACUGCGCCUUCAGCAACCGGGGCGGCCUGGUACACCCCAAGACGUCGGUGGAGGACCAGGAUGAGCUCUCGUCGCUGCUGCAGGUCCCCUUGGUGACUGGCACGGUUAACCGGGGUAGCGAGGUGAUCGCGGCAGGCCUGGCAGUCAAUGACUGGUGCGCCUUUUGCGGACUAGACACCACCAGCACAGAGAUGUCCGUCAUUGAAAGCGUGUUUGGGCUCGGGGAUCAAGCGCGGCCUGCCGACAUCACCACCGCCAUGAGGGAUUCACUCAUUGACAGCAUGGCCUAAGAUGACGACACCGUGGACGAUCGAUGAGAUGCUCCCCACACCCAAACCCAGAAGCAACGUGGCCCGGGAAGAUAUGUCGUCUCGGGAUACCAAGGCUGGGUUGCACGAUGCCGUCUCAUCCGCUGUUUUAAAGGUUAUUGACCUGACUUUGGAUUGUGAGAAAAAUGUCUCGCCUGACCUGUUUUCACGUCCUUUUUUCACGCGCCUCCAAACUGUCAAGACUCCUCCCGAGGCUUUUUAAGUCCUCAUAAGAUGACAAUAAAAUGUUCAAAAAGACAACUUUUCAUUUGCGUUGCUACUGUGGUAGCUCUACUUGCAACAUUAAUUGGUUCUGGAAGUAGUCUCGUAACCCGAAAAUUUCGUAAAUAGAGACGAGUUUUACAUGUAAAUGCCCUAAUCCGUUCCAAGCACUACUGACCCAUCACAUUAAAUUUUAUAAUAUGGGUAAAACAACAGCCCAACAAAUUUGAAUCAUUCCAUGUACCUAACCCUUAAUACCUGUAAUUACGUAAUAAAACAAAAUGCAAACAAAAACAUUUUUCAAUUCAAGUGAGGCAAUGUCCUCUUUCACAAGAUCGAUGGUGCCUAGCGCCUAUAUCACUUUGUGACACAAGAACGCGAGGAGACCUAUGAGAUAUCGAACUGCUGUAACAACAAUAAAAGAGUCGCGCCUUUGCGUGUCAUCAUACUGUGACACACAAAUUUAAACUCCAUCAAUAAUAGACCAGUAGGAAAGCAGCAUACUGAAGGGGAUGGGAUGGAUAAUAUGACCAACAGGGCAGCAGGGCAUUUUGUUGCCUCUCAUAACCUGAAAUUUCUUUAACAAGAAGCAAUAUUUUCCCGUUUAAACGUGUCGUAACCUGAAAAUAACGUUUGUAGAGACGUUCGUGAGUAGAGGUACCAUUGUAUUUACAACAUUAAACAUCAAGGCCACAUCUUUCAAGUUUUUGGUUUGUAAAGAACUGACAUUAGAUACAACAGAAAAGUCAGCCUUUUGGUAUUAUUCAAAAGGCAGUCUUACUUCCUGCUCACCUUCACACGCUCAAAAGUAAAAUUCCAUGCAAGCAAAAAGCUACUGUAUUAGUAUUUGUCGUCCCCAAAAUGAAAGCAUUCUCGGCACAAGUUCUGCAGGUAUUCCUCGACGUCUCACUUAUUCCUUCAACAAAAAAACGAGUGCAUCAUAGACUUCACUAUCAGUUGACGGGGCUGCUCUGUAGGGGGCCUAUUUUUAAAAAUUUCAAAUAUUUUCACAACCAAAGCGACCUAAAACCAAAACAGGCACCUCCCUUAGGCAUAUAUGAGUCUCCAUGGGUAUGAGCGUUCCCUAAUAAAAUACCAAUUAUUUUUAUAUAAACUUAAAAUGGCAAUAAAGUUCUCAGAUUUUACGCUAGAUGCACAAAAAUCACCAAAUGCAGAGUCAUCUACAAGUAUAUUUUCAGGAUCAAUAGCAAUAUUUAACAUGUUUUUGCCCGAAAUAGCAAUUUUUUUUUUUUUUUUUUUAAUUUGGUGCAAUUUCGACAUCGGUUUUCAACAGCUAAUAAAUCACAAUUUUUACAUUUGAAACUUUAUACUUGAGGAAAGUAUGCAGAAUCAUGUUAAUUUUACUCAACAAAAGCAAAAUUUGCAAUUUUCUAUGUACAAUCACAACUUACUUAGGUUGAAUUCCGAUGUCACUAUUGC